GGUUGCAUGUGUUCCCAUUCGUUUUAGGUCUGUUAUAAGACUGCCUUGGUAUUAAUCGUUUUUGAAAGUCAUGUGUAGCGUGCAAGAGGGAGAUUCUGACGGUCCGAUCCAGAAAGAAAGAAUCAGUCCUGGAAGAAAAUGCAUGAAGUGUCACACAGAAAAUGCUAUUUUGAUCACCCGAGUAAAUGAUGCCUUUUGCAAGGCUUGCUUUAUGGUAUAUGUAACACACAAGUUUAGGGCCACCAUUGGAAAGUCGAAGUUGGUACGUGAUGGAGAAAAGGUAUUAGUGGCUUACUCUGGAGGUCCAUCGUCUAGCUGUCUUCUCCAUCUGAUCACAGAGGGAUUGAGUCAAAGAGCACACAAGAAACUACGCUUCACCCCUGGGAUUGUCUUCAUAGAUGAGAGUGCUGUGCUAGACAACCUGGUACAGGAUGGUGUAGCCGAUAAGGAGAGAAUAGCUGAAUUAAUGGAAAAUGUGGGAUACCCAUGUCAUACCAGAUAUUUAGAGGAGGCCUUAUGCUUGGACCAAGAUGGACUCUUACCAAAAGCUGACCUGUCUAGUCUGACUGAAGCUGACCAGUCCAGUUUUUGUACUGCUGCCAUUCACAGCAACAGCCUUGACAGAGCAAGAACUGAGAUAAAAUCCUUGUUUUCCUCCAUCAAAUCUCUCACAGCCCGGGAAGACAUGCUCAACAAAUUAAGACAGAGGUUACUGAUGGAGGUGGCCAAAGUUCAAGGAUACUCUAAGGUCAUGACAGGUCACUGUGGGACUCGGCUUGCGGUCAAUCUCCUGUCAGAUAUAUCGCAGGGAAGGGGUUCUCAUGUGGCUAUGGAUACAGCAUUUUCAGACACUAGGUAUCCAGACAUCAUGUUUGUUCGACCUAUCAGAGGCUUCAGUUCAAAGGAAGUGGCUAUGUAUAAUGCUCUACAUGGUGUGGAGUCUGUGUUUUUACCAACACUUACAACCAAGACACAUGAAGGAUCAAGUAUUGAACACCUGACGGAGGCAUUCGUGACAGGACUGCAGGCCGAUUAUCCGUCCACUAUCAGUAAUAUAAUGAGGACUGGUGAGAAGUUAAGUACAGAGAAAAAGGAGGGAGAAAACUGCCACUGUGCCUUGUGUCAGGGUCCUCUGGAUACAGAUGUUGGGCCCUCAUCAGCACUGAGUGCCGUAGAGUUCUCUUCUCUCAUCUCCCAGAAGAAGAAGAAAAAUUCAACCACAUGUGGAGAAAAAGACACCUGUUGUGGAGAAGGGGAUGGUAGCUGUCACACAAAGAAUGAGGGUUUGAAGAGGGAUGAAGUCAUGUCAGUGUUGUGUUAUGGAUGUCGAAUGACUGUUAAAGACAUGGCUGACCCCACAUCACUGCCAGAAAAACUGACGUCACAGAUUUCAUAUCGAAUUCGUAGGUCAAAGAUGAAGAAUGAUAUUCAGGAUUUUCUUCUUGAUCCAGAAAACAGUUGAUGAAGACUUUGAUAGAUAACAACUUAUCUACAAUGCAUUGCAGUUAUAUAUGUCUUCAUUAUUUAUAACAAUUUAUUAAUGUUAAAGGAUGCUCUGUUGAUUUUCAUAUGAAAUUUAAUGUGUGAAAGUCAAUAGGCUGAACAAUGGUCACGAUUGCAUGUUGGUCUAUGAAUGCACCAAUAUCAUAUCCUUACAUAAAAUGAAAAGAUAUUACCUGUUAUAACAUGAUAAAGUGACACUGAAAUGAUGUCACACGUUUACAGAUGACAUGACAAUACAGUGGAGACUAUAUUUAUAGAACCAAGACCACAAAAGAAUAAUAUUUACAAACAUUUGAUAAUGUGGUUAAAAGGAACCUGAAUUUGUUUCCUGGUUCUUAAAACCAUAUCUUACUGAAUUAAAAGAUUUUACUUAUUAUAUCGAAAAAUUCUAUGACUGAGUUGAUAAGUCUCAACCUUAAUGUAAUUUCAUGAAAGAUUCUGUCUUUCUCUUUUGGCUGUAAAUAUGUGUUCUUAUUGAGAUCAAUGAAAAGAUAUUGGAAACCA